GAGAAAAAAGGGAAAACCCUCGAGAGAUAUCAGGUUCCUUUUGUUUUUGGAGAUCAAGUUUUCCAUAUAACUUUGUUGUUGCUUCUAUCAUAUCUAUGGGUCCAAAGCAGUGGACAAGGGAUGAUGACAAACUGUUUGAGAGACUUCUGUUGGAGUUCCCCGAGAAUACUCCGUAUAGGUUUGAGAUUAUCGCCGUCCAUCUUGAGAAACCGCUUGAAGAGGUGAAGCACUACUACGAAGCUUUGGUCCACGAUAUUAACCUUAUCGAAUCGGGUCGAUGCCCUACUACUAAUUAUCCAGAUGGGAUCCCAUCUGAGACCGAACAUAUGGAGAAAGAAAAAACGAGAGGAAUACCUUGGACAGAAGAGGAACACAGGCUUUUUCUAGAGGGACUAGAGAAAUGUGGGAAAGGAAAUUGGAGGGACAUAUCGAGAAAGAUUGUGAGGACAAAGAACUCAGCGCAAGUAGCAAGCCAUGCACAAAAAUAUUUCCUGAGGCAAGUGGCCAAGAAGAACGCAAAGAAACGCUCCAGUAUCCAUGACAUAACUUUGAUAGAUCAUGCUGCUAACAACGUAACCGCACCUCAAUCCGACUUGGACUCUACGAUGGGCCAGCCACCUUCUGAUCAGCAGGGGCUUCAAGACCAUCAUCUUUCCAACGAAGACUUUUGGAUUAGGAAGCUGAAUAGUUAAAUUCCAAACUAUAACAAUUUUUUUUUUUUGGCUUUUGGUUCUUAGUUUUUUUUCUCCUUCUUUUUGUAGAUAUAAGUUAUUAAACAAUCCUAAUUUGUUUAUAGCCUCUGUUACUUUUG